AUGCUUGGCCCCAGCUGGCUGAGGGCUGUGCUCUUCCUGGGAGUGCAGCUGCGAGUGCUGUGGCCUGCAGCAGCCGUGGAGGUUUACACUGCCAAGGAGGUGAACGCUGUGAAUGGCACCAACCUGAGGUUAAAAUGUACCUUUUCCAGUACCAGCCCCAUUAGCCCAAACCUGGCAGUCACCUGGAACUUCCAGCCAGAGGACCAGAGCUCUCAUGAGCCUGUGUUUCGCUACCUGAAGGAGCCCUACGAGCCCCCAGCAGGGCGCUUCAAGGAGAGGGUCACCUGGGACGGCAACAUCGAGCGGCAGGACGCCUCCAUUGUCAUCUGGAACCUGCAGCCCACGGACAAUGGGACCUUCACCUGCCAGGUGAACAACCCCCCAGACUUCUACGGCACCAUCGGGGAAGUGCGGCUCAGAGUGGUGCAGAAAGUGCAGCUCUCAGAAAUCCACUUCCUGGCAGUGGCCAUCGGGUCUGCCUGUGUCCUGAUGGUGGUGGUGGUGACAGCUGUGAUCAUCUGCCGGCACCGGCGCAAGAAAGCGGAGGAGAAGGGCAUCGAGGUGGCAGACACCGAACUUACAGAAAAGGAGAAUCUGAAGGUCCGAGAAGAGAAAGAAGCUGCUCCCUUAGAAGAGUAG